UCUAUCUAUCUAUCUAUCUAUAAAUCUGUCUCUAUCUGUGGUUGGGGCCCCUGCUGUGGCCCUCUUGUUCCUCUCUGAAGAGGCAGACAUGUUUUUGUGCAUGUGUGUAUUGAGGAGGUUACGGCCCUGCUAAAAGGCGGGGCCUGUUCGAACAGUGUGUGUCCCCAUUGGCCGACAGAGGCCCUCCCUCCUCUCUUUUAAAAGCCUGUAUUUUCACCUGAGUUACAAAAGAGCUGCUGCUCCUCACCCAUCCACUGUUGUCUGUCUCUCUUCUUAAAGAACACAUUUCUUGGAAAACAAGAAAAGGAGCUCUCAGAAUCUCUUUAAGGAAACUUUCAGUGAGUAUAAAAUUCUAUCAGAAAUUGAGGAAGAAACGUAUCAGUCCCGCGUGAAGCCCUGAGACCUCGAAAACCGAACAUUUCUCCGCCCCCUCAUCUCACUGUGCGCCACCAUGCCGGGAGUCGUGGAUCGUAUGGAGCUGAGCAAAGUCUCCACGGAGGCUGAUGACGACAGCAACGACAGCCUGGACGACCGCUACACAGAGCCCAUUGACGCCGAGAAGGCCACCAUCGACAGUCACUUUAUGGAUGACAAUGAUGACGCAGAAAGCCAGAAGUUCCUGUCGAAUGGGCUGAUGAAGAAGAAGAAGUAUGAAGAAUACCAUGAAGAAUAUCAUCCUGGCCACACAUCCUUCGGGAUGUCUGUCUUUAACCUGAGCAACGCCAUCAUGGGCAGCGGCAUCCUGGGCCUGUCCUUCGCCAUGGCAAACACGGGCAUCAUUCUCUUUUCACUCCUCCUCUUCGCCGUGGCCACCCUCUCCUUGUAUUCUGUUCACCUGCUCCUCGUGACGGCAAAAGAAGGAGGAUCUCUCAUCUAUGAAAAGCUCGGGGAGAGAGCAUUCGGUUGGCCCGGCAAAAUGGCAGCAUUCAUAUCGAUAACCAUGCAGAACAUUGGAGCCAUUUCCAGCUACCUCUUUAUUGUGAAGUAUGAGCUGCCCGAGGUCAUCAGAGCCUUCUUGGGCUUAGAAGAAAUAUCUGGUGAAUGGUACUUGAAUGGAAACUACCUGGUGGUGUUUGUGUCCAUCGGAAUCAUUCUGCCUUUGUCUCUCCUGAAAAAUCUGGGAUACCUGGGCUACACCAGUGGGUUCUCGCUCUGCUGCAUGGUCUUCUUCCUGUGCGUGAUGAUCUACAAAAAGACGCAGCUGCCCUGCCCUCUUCCUUUCUUCGCCCACCACUCGGCCAACCUCUCCAUGAACGCCUCGGACGCGUCGGGGCUCUACCUGCUACAGAACCACUCGCUGCAAAUGGAUUUCUCCCGAGCCGACAUGUCGCCGGCGGUCAAGGGCGGCCACGACGCCCACCUCUCCACCGGUGUGCACGUUGAGCCCCACCCUGACGACGAGGAGAUGUGCACGCCCAAGUACUUUGUCUUCAACUCUCAGACGGCGUACACCGUGCCAAUCCUGGCCUUUGCCUUCGUGUGCCACCCGGAGGUCCUGCCCAUCUACAGUGAGCUGAAAGAUCGCAGCAGGAAGAAGAUGCAGAACGUUUCCAACCUGUCCAUCUUGGCCAUGCUCGUCAUGUACAUGUUAUCGGCGCUGUUUGGCUACCUCACCUUCUACGGGAACGUGGAGGCAGAGUUGCUCCACACCUUCACCAAGGUGUAUAAGUUCGACACCAUGUUGCUGCUGGUGCGUCUGGCCGUUCUCACCGCCGUCACCCUCACUGUGCCCAUCGUGCUCUUCCCUAUCCGCUCCUCCAUCACCACAUUGCUAUUCAGCGGUCGAGAGUUCAGCUGGACUCGCCACAUGCUUAUCGCCGCGGCAAUUCUGGCCUUCAACAACCUGCUGGUGAUCUUCGUCCCGACCAUCAGAGACAUCUUCGGCUUCAUCGGUUCUUCUGCAGCGACUAUGCUCAUCUUUAUCCUACCUGCUGCCUUUUACAUCCGCCUGGUCAAAUCAGUGCCAUUCCGCUCCCCGCAGAAGAUCGGGGCGAGCGUCUUCCUGGUCGUGGGAAUCAUCUUCAUGAUUGGCAGCUUGACACUCAUUGUCCUCGACUGGACCCACAACCCCCCAGGCUCCAACAGCGGUCACUAAGCCCCUCUGCCACCCUCCUCAGAUCCAGGUGUGCAGCAAUGCCCCGAGCAGCACCACCACCAACAACACAACCCAAAUCUAGUUCUCCCACAGCCUCAGCUGCUCCCACAUCUGGGGAUGGGGUUCUUCAGAGGCUCCCUGCAUUAGAUCUUUAAAAUCAAUCUUAGAACCUCAACAUAAAGACAAAGAUUUGCUGCACUGGGUUAAGACAUCUUCAGUUUUUGCUCCAGAGAAUAUCACUGGAGUGACUUUUUUUUAGCUUGGUUUAUUGUUUUUUGUCUUGUAGGGUUUUUAUUCUUUGUUGCUGUGAAGCUCUGGAUGUGACACGAUCAAGAGAAUCCAAACUCAGAGAGGGAGGGGCAGACCCUGGUUUAACCUGCAAGUAAGCCAUCCUGAAAUCAUCAUCUUCAUCAUCAUACCUUCAUCAUCAUCACCAUUACCUCCAGCUAUGAAGAGACAGAACAAACACACAUUGUGUAGCAAUCACCUACAGAUCUGUGAACUGCAAUUUGCAUGGCUGGAAAGACAAUGCGAGUCCCUCAGUGCUCUGUGCACCUGAAGGUGAAGUGUGUUGUCCUCCAUGAAACAAGGAGCACUUAGCGCUAGCAUUACACUUCACUUGGUGUGUAGAGCUAACACACAUUUGCGCACGCAUAUGCACAUAUGUAAACAUAUUGAAACACUACAGCUGUUAUCCAUGCGGAAAAGAAAUCAAUCAAAGCUGUCGGCUGAUCUUUAAGCAACGGUUAAUCUGUGACUUCAUGUAGUCAUGUAGAACUUUUAUUCUGGAAAUCUUGGUUUAAUUUGCUAACCAUCAGAAGCUUUGCCAAAGUCAACAUGCACAUACAGCUUGAGGUGAUCGGGCUCACACUAGAGUUUCCCGUCUCCACAGCGUCCUCGUCAGCUGUUGUCUUCCCGGCUGCCCACACACAGCCUGAGGAGGCUUUCGCUAUUACUGUCACACCUGAACACGCUAAGUAUGAAUGUACAUAAGUUAGGUUAGCUACUUGAAAUUAAAUAGUGUUGUACAUAAUAUCUUACUUGACCUCAUACGGCUCUUUGCCUUUCACGUUUAAUGAAGUUGAAUUAGCCUUUUGAACUCACAUAUACACCCACUGGAAUAAUAUAUGAGGCACUUGACAGUGCUGUACAAGUAUCUAAUAUGUAUAAAAUCCAUUUUAAAGUUUCAAGUUUAGAUAAGAACAAUUGGGCAUUUUAAAUAUGAUUUCAAAUCAACCAGCAGAGUUAAACUGGAAGGCUAAUUUUAAAAUCACAUGUCAAUUUAAGAUACCUUACUAGUCGCAUGCUAGUCACAAAUGUCAUUCAAGAAUAUCGUGUAAGGCCUUACUUUCUUUUGUAACGUCAUUAUGUGCCUAUUAAGCUUAAAAAUAAUGAAUAUUUAGGAAAAUACUGUUAUUUGUUUUUCUUCUUUACCAAAGUUAGCUUCAAAUUUCGCAUACAGACAUGAGAGUGACUUAAAUUUUCUUAUCUUCAACUUGUCAAAAAUUAGAAAAAGUUUUCUAUACCCCGCAAAAUGUCCAAGUUUUCCUAUUUGGAGUCGUGAUUUGGUAUUAAACGAUAUCUCACACUUCAAGACACUUGGACGGAGAAGCCGACUACAGUACUGAUACCAACUGUUCAUGCAGAGGAUGUGACCGAUGUAUGCAAGACAGUAAACCAAGCUCAAAACUAUGCUUAUUUUCUAACGCUAGACUCAAAUUAUGAAAUCUGUGUCUUUAAAUGGUUGUGUUUCCCUUUAUCAGGGAACAGGUUUUUGUUAGUGUUACUGUUCCAGUAAUUGAGACAUGUUUUUGAGCACUUGAAGCAGAGCACACAGGUCACUUUGUCUGUCUUGUUCACAAGAAGGACGCUCAGUCAUUAAGCUCAUUGGAAUGAAAAUCAGGUAGUUACAUAGUUUCAGUAUUCACUCUGCCGUUGCACACACGUUUUAGAUUAACUGACAUAUUUUAUCAAAACUUUGAAUCAGAUUAGAGGAUAAUUCUCUUUUUAUGUAUCCGUUUCUUUAACUGGGGCCUUUGGUAGAAUCAAUGACAGCGACAUCAACAACCCAGAUUUGUUAAUUUCACUUUUCCUCCUGUGCCGUUAGGUGUCAUGAACACAUCCAGCCAAAGUGGACAACAUUUAUAGAUCCCUUGCGGAUCUAUGUACAUGAAACAAAUAGAUAUUUCAAAUGAAAUAGUGUAUUACGUGCAUGUUUUUGGAUUACAAACAUGGUCUUUUUGGACAAUUGUAUAUGCUCUGUAAAUAAUCUUUAUUUUAUGGUACACUUACACUCAUUGUGAGUAGGUUGUUGGGGGAUUCUGCCUUACAAGUCUUCUGCAAUGCAGUGUUUUUUUAGUAUAUAUAUAAAUACAUAUAACUUGUAUUAGAUGUUUUUCUUGCUGUAUAACUGUAGUUUUUUUCCCUCUUUUUUGAAGCUUGUAUAUUUGUAGAAAAUGUUGGUCUCUCAAUAUAUCCAUUGUUAUGUUUAAAGGUUAACUUGUCAUAUUAGGAUGAUCAAUCCAUUAACCGCCGGUUUCAUAACAGUUAAUAACUUGGUUUUCUCAGAAAUCUCGGAAACACCAGGUCUCUGUCGCUGACUGGGCCCUGCUAAGCACCAAUGUGUUUGAAGCCAAGCCACAAGCAAGAAGUGUUGAUGUUUUGCCCACACAUCAAGAAGGUUCUAACUGUAUACAACAUUUUGAUAAUUUGUAAUAAUAGUAAGAGGUUUUUUUGUUAUUUAUCAAAUGACACCUAAUAGCAUGCAUGCUCAUAUGUGGUCGUACAUCGAUGCUAACGUAUAGCUGUAUAUCAUAGGGCGGAACAGAACUAACAACAACCUUCCUUUUGCGAGCUCUGAAACUCAGUCGUAGGUCUGACAUUACUGUGGCUUACAAUCUUUUUCACUACUGUUUAAAACAUCCGCUCUUGGUGAGGUGUUAUUUAUAACAUCAUAUUUUGUGAUGUUACCUUGAACUGAAUCUUUUCACGGAAUCAUAAAGUCCACUCUCAGUAUCUUCUAUGAAUGUUCAACAAUGGAUUGUACUCGGUUUGAAAGCCCAGUGUACUCGGCCUGUGUUGGAGGUGUGUGUCUUCCUCAAGUUCGGGUUUCAUCUUUUCAAAAAGCAGGUUUUUAACAGAAUGCUCCCGGCACUACACCUCUACCCCCUUUUAGCAUCUCAGGUAUUCAGUCUUGAUGAAUUCUCUCAUCUUACUUUUGGAUAGAUUAAAGUCUCUUCACCUCUUUUGCAUGAUUGAGCCGAUACGUACAAUGCUGUUGUAUAUUGAGCUGGCCGAGAAGCACAGUUGUCAUGUGGAUUUGUAAAUGUCAGACAAGUUCCCAGCUAACGUUGACAGUGUUUCGAGACUAGUUGUACAGAACCACCUGCCUUAUUUUUCUAUGGACCCUCAGCCGUGGACAAGCACGGGCUCAAUGUUUCUGCUGAUCACUGUGUGUCUGCUUCCUGUGGAUCAGGCCGCACAGUCAGAUGUGUAAUUUGACCCAAACAACGGGGGUGUUUGUUUUUUAUCAGUGAUGCUGUUUCAUUAUUGAUGACCAAUAAAAAAAUGUGAAAUGAAAA